AUCAUCUUUGCCAUGAUUCAGGUUUGCUACGGCCUCUCACGACGUUCUCGACAGCCUACAAGUCCACGACUUAUCCAUUCCCACCAUUCGUAAACUGCUACAAAUUCGAGCUCUCAAUAACAAAGGUUCUUUCUUCUUCGGCAAAGGUUUCCAAUCGUUGCUAUAUCUACCGAACAAUUUAUAACCAAGGUACCAACGUCGUAUCGGAUUUCAGGAGGCUACGAACUGAUAUAAAGACCGUCAGAUAUCUGCAUUUCUUGCUUGAAACAUGCUGCGCACCCGUCCUACCUUGGGAGCCCUCCAUCGCCAGCUUCUUUCGCGGAUGCAGCAUGUCCGAUUUCAGUCAUCUGUCCAAGUUCUUAUAAAUAAAGCAGAUCUCCACAUCCCCUCACUAGGCACAGCCUUUCCAUAUCUGUGGCUCCGUGAUUCAUGCCAAUCGUCCGCAUGCGUGCAUCCGGCUAAUCAGCAAAAGCUUCAUCGUAGUUCUGACAUUCCUCUCGAUAUACGGCCAGAUCACAUUGAGUCCCUUGCCGAUGGGCUUCGAAUUCGCUGGUCUGAUAACCAUGAAUCGAAAUACACAUGGGAAUUCCUCGCCCGACAUACAUCCCCCCAGAAUCUCUCUCGGUUCCAUAGAGAUGUGCUCAAACAGGCAUGGAACAACGCAUCCAUCACUCAGACCUCCGAUCUCUACAUAUCUUACGAAUCUAUCAAAACACCGUCAGGCUUGUUGGCUGCAAUCGAUCACAUCUGCCGUUACGGGCUUAUAUUCAUUCGUGGAGUUCCAAACGAGGAAACAAGCAAUGCGACAUGUGAGCUACGUCAUCUAGCGCAAAGGUUUAGCGAGAUACGAGAGACGUUCUAUGGUCCAUUGUGGGACGUUGUCAAUGUUGUGAAUAGUCGCAAUAUUGCAUAUACAGACCUUGAUCUAGGCCUCCAUAUGGAUCUCCUAUAUUUCCAAAAUCCACCUCAAUACCAGAUUCUCCAUUGCCUGCGAAAUCAAGUCGAGGGAGGCGCGUCCUACUUUGCCGAUGCUCUCUUUACGGCAGAGAAGCUGAAAGAACAAAAUCCAUUUCAUUUCGACGUGCUCACCUCGACCCUUGUCCCAUUCCACUAUAUUAACGACGGACAUCACCUUCGCUUUGAGCAUCCUACCAUCGAGCUAUCCGGGGACGGCAAGACCAUCACACAGCUGAACUAUUCUCCUCCGUUCCAAGCACCUCUGCUGCUGUCUACCCCACCGGCGUUUUACUCCGCCCUGAAGGAAUUCACGCAAUUGCUCAAUGACACUAAAAAUACUUAUGAAUACACCCUUCAAGAGGGAGACGCCGUUCUCUUUGAUAAUCGCAGGGUGCUUCAUGCUAGGACUGAAUUUCAGGAUAAACCUGGGUUCACGCCGAGGGAGGGGGAAACAAACCGAUGGCUGAAGGGUUGCUAUAUUGAAGCCGACGCAAUGUGGGACCGCGGGAGAGUGCUGCGAAGCCAGCAAAGCGUGACCACACAGUGAAGCCACUCGGAGCGGUAUCAUGUUAGCAGGAAGAGGGAACAAACAGUAUGUCACUGCGAAGAGAACUCAGAAGUAACACCCAAAGACUCUGUAACAAUUUUCAACAGCUACGAUACUGGUGGAUCUUGAGCUUGAUGGAUAAUAUUUGAGAAACGUGUACGAGUAUUUUGUCGAGUAAUCCUUUCAGGCACCCG